AUGAAGAACCUCAUCGUUUUCGACUUUGAUUGGUCCCUCCUGGACGAGAACAGUGAUGCGUGGGUGGUGAAGCAACUCGCACCAGAGAUCUACGGCCAGUGGCGUACGCUCUACCAACGCGACACCGAAACCUGGGCCGAGUUCAUGGAUAAAAUGAUGGGCAUGCUACACGAGCGUAACGUCACAAAGGAGCACAUCGAAGAGUCCUUCCGCACCGUGCCCAUGCGAGAGGCGAUGGUGGAAGCGGUGCGCUACUGCAAGGAGAACAACUCCGACCUCAUCAUCAUCUCGGGUGCCAACGAGUUCUUCAUCGAGGUCAUCCUGGGGGUACAUUUCGGCAUGAGGGAAAUCUUCUCGGCCGUACAUACACACAGGUCACGGUGGCACCAGGGCAGGCUGCGCGUGCGGCCCUACCACGCACCGAUGACCAUCACCCGCGACGCUGCCGGCCGAAUCGUCCGCGAGAAGCUGGACGAGGAGGACUGCGAGGAGGAGGCCUGGAAGGAGCACUCCUGCACGGUCUGCACGCCCGACCUCUGCAAAGGUGAGAUCCUGGCCGAGUACAUCCAGUCGGGCCAGUACGAUCGCGUGUUCUACAUCGGAGACUCGGAUAACGACUUCUGCCCUUCUGCCCUACUCUCCAAAGAUGAUCACGUGCUGCUAAGAAAGGACUUCAGCCUGCACAAGCGCCUGCAGGCGGGUCAAAAGGAGGGCGACCCGACCAUCUCGGCCCACCUCCACCUGUGGGAGCGCGCCGAGGACGUCUACUCCAUCUUCAAAACGCACAUCUCUCCUUCACCCUCUUCUUCUUCCUCCUCUUCUUCCUCCUCUUCUACUUCAUGA